AUGGAAUCAUCUUUAUAUAAUCGUAUUUAUCAACGUGUUUAUUCAGAAGUAAAUAAUGAUGAACAAUUUUGUACAUAUUUGGCUAAAAUUUGUACUGAUCCUGAUAGUCAUUGUGAUGAUUUACGUGAUAUUCUUGAUACAAUGUUUAAAACAAGUCAUCCGAAUAUUUCCGAAACACGUCGGCAACAUAUUAUUUAUUCCCUUCUUGAUAUAAUUGAAGAAGAUCGACAACAGAUAAAGAAAGAUAUCACAAAUGAAGAUAAUGACGAUGAUAUCGAUCUUGCAGAAAAAGUUGAACGAAACGGUGAAUGUAAAUUAUGUGGAUGUGAACAACGAAUUACAAUUCAUCAUCUGAUACCAAAAUUGAUUCUAAAACGAAUGAGAAAUUCUGGUAAAGAAUCUGUUGAUGUAUCAAAAUAUUUAGUUGAAGUUUGUCGACCAUGUCAUAAUGAAAUUCAUCGAAUAUGGCCACAUAAUGAAUUAGCAAAAGAAUAUCAAACAGUUGAUAUGUUACUCGAUGCUCCAGCUAUUCAAUCAUAUCUUAAUUGGAAACGAAAACGAGAACGAACAGCAUAA